CCGCACGCAAAAAUGCCCCGGGGCGAGGAACGUGGACCUAGUCAGUGCAGCGGAGUGUGUUUUUGGAAGGGAAACAGAAGCGGCAGAGCUCCGGGAAGAAUAAAAAAACCUGUAUACAAGGGAGGGGGGGGUAAAAAAAUAUGUCGGCGUUUUGGGGGCAGAGGAGGAUUGUGGAAAAGCAAAGGGCGAGAGAGCUAGAAACGAGGCCCGACAGUUGUAUCGUUACCGCGGAGGGGAGGGGACGGAUAGGGCAGCUGUCCCCGCUUGAUUGAUUGACUGAUGUGGGAAGGAUUUGAGGAUCAACUGGGCUAGCCUGGUUUGCAGACAGUGCUUCUUAAUAGCAUUGCAGUCGAAUUACUGUACACAGCUGACAAUAAAUGCAUAUUCAUUUACAAUGUUAAUUCAAAACGGUAGAGCGACCAAUGCUGUCUUAUUUGGGCAAACGGCUCACAUCGUAUCAAUCCGCAGCAGGGUCCUUUUUUUGCACCAGGCUCGCUAGUUUAGCUUGGUGUUUAUGGCAGUGAUUCCCCUUGCUAAAUAUGGCGCUUUGCAUUUUGGGUGCACCGUACCAGCAUGAGAAACACUUUUAAGUUAACAGUUAGCUACCUUGCUAAUGUUAGCUGUAGCUCGGCCAGACGCUUGCAUUUAUGGGUUAAUCUCAGAUUGGGUUCGCGAGCUAACGCUAAUGUGGUAUCGGCGUUAGAGACUUGCUAGCUGAAUAUUGUGGAAAACAAAGCAUAAACCAAAUGAGCUGAUUUGUCUGUGAAUAACACUGCCGUUACCCCAGUCCGAAAGUAGCUGGUUUGUGUUAGCCCAGAGGGUUUCUGACACUUUAUUUCCCCCUUGCCGCCACAAAUGGUGCCUGAGCAGCUAACACUAGGCUAAAGGCUAAGUUCAUCGUGGUGGGUGUGUUAAUAUCAGUUACAGGACAUCGUGAACAUAUGUUCACUACUAUUAUAACAACGCUCCUCAUGGUAAAUUCUCUCUUGUUUUAUGGGAGCGAUGUGGACAGAAAAGUAUCUGAAUAUUCAAAUAGAAAGAAAUAUAGAAGUACAUUUGUAAAAGCAGUCCCUCCAUAAAUGUUACUCCCUGUUUUUUUCCCCCUGAGUGCCUUUACAGUCCAUUGUUUUGCCCAGAUGUGUUUAUUGUAUCUGCACAGAUUUGAAGCUUCCAUUAUAUUAUUAUUGUUUCAUAACUUCUAUGUUUUCUUAUUUUUGAGUGAAUAUUUUAACAUAAAACUGUUAGUUUUUAAUUCUUUACCCAACAUUAUUUUACGUUACGAAGUAUUCAUGUUCAACAUUGAUUAUUGUAGUUUGAAAUCAAACUUGCCUUUUCUCCCUUAACCAUACCAGCCCUGUUUACAACGCUAAUAAUAAUUUCACUCUGACAGUAGGAUACUUGCAUCAUUAAAGCUUUUGUGCUAACACUUAACAGGUAGUCUAACUGAACCUAUAUGUAUUGUGUAGGUUGGCCACCUGUCCCCGCUUUCUAUAAUGCUCCAGUGUUUGCAGCAUCUGCAGUGAACGUGAUGGCAGCCCAGUCGGUUUCCAUAGACAAGUAUCCAAAGGGAGAGCAGCAGAUGCAAGGUGUGGUAAAGGUAGACAGCGACGCGGAGCAGAAGUUUACUGAGGGGACGUUGGCAGAGCCGCCCAGCCCGGCACCAACCGAGCCGCAGACACCCAUGGACGCGGACAAAGCCUCCAUAUAUCGGCAUCCCCUAUUCCCUCUGCUGGCCCUGCUGUUUGAGAAGUGUGAACAGUCCACACUGAGCUCUGAAUGCAUCACCUCAGCCAGCUUUGAUGUGGACAUUGAGAACUUUGUUCGCAAUCAGGAGAAAGAGGGGAAACCCUUCUUCAGUGAGGACCUGGAGCUUGACAACUUGAUGGUCAAAGCCAUCCAGGUACUUCGGAUCCAUCUGCUUGAGUUGGAGAAGGUGAGUGACCUGUGCAAGGACUUCUGUAGCCGCUACAUCGCCUGCCUCAAGACUAAGAUGAACAGUGAGACCCUGCUGAGUGGGGAGCCAGGCAGCCCAUAUUCCCCAGGACAAGGCCAGGCCCAGAGCUUCUCCCCCACCAAGACCCAGAACCCCAGUUCUAUCUCAGGGACCAUCAGUCCCCAAGGUCAGAUUGUGGUGCCAGCGUCAGCCCUGCAGCAAGGGAAUGUUACCGUGACAGCCGUCAACCCCACCCAGGUGGUCGCAGGUAUGUCAUCGUGGCAUACAACCCCUCCCACAGGUGGCACAGUGUACCAGCCUGUUACAGUCGUCACUCCUCAGGGCCAGGUGGUAACACAGGCUCUGUCUCCUGGGACAAUACGCGUCCAAAACAAUCAGCUCCAGCUGCAGUUUCACCAGGACUUGAAUCUUUUCAAUCAUGACGACAACUCAACCAAGAACAAGCGUGGUGUUCUACCCAAACACGCCACCAACGUCAUGCGCUCAUGGCUCUUCCAGCACAUUGGGCACCCGUAUCCAACAGAGGAUGAGAAGAAACAGAUAGCUACUCAGACAAACCUGACACUUCUGCAGGUCAACAACUGGUUUAUUAAUGCAAGGAGGCGGAUCCUGCAGCCCAUGUUGGAUGCCAGCUCCUCUGAGACACCCAAAGCCAAGAAGAAGACGCCUCAAAACCGGCCACUGCAGCGCUUCUGGCCCGACUCCAUCGCCGCUGGAGGAGGAACCCAGCAGCAUGUUACCAUGCCAGAUGGUACUAUGGUGACGAUGAAUGUGGAGGGUCUGCAGAGCCUGACCUCAGACGGUGCCACACUGGCGGUGCAGCAGGUGAUGCUGGGAGGCCACAGCGAAGAUGAGUCGGGGGACAGCGGGGAUGAGGAUGACGACACAGACAUGGCCGGGCUGGGCCUGGACAACAGCGACUCACUGCAGUAGAGGACACACUCCCUCACACACUGAUCUCCACGUACACACAGGACAUGCAUAAAUAGGUCUACACAACACGUUUGCAUUUCAAACACAAUGAGUCAUAGUACAGACACGCAUUAGGUUUACAUAGAGCACAAAGCAACAGGACAUGUCCUGCACUCUUCCAACCCUCCACCUGCUGAACGGCAGUUUGUACUGCGAGUGUGUACAUCAGGAGUUUCAUUUACGAAACCGUUUUUUAAUUAUUUAGUUGAUGUAGGCGAGUGCACUUUUUGUAUAUUUAAGCUCAAAAAGAUUAAAUCAAACAAACAGAAGAAAAAUAGAAGUGUUAAAAACACCCAAAGCAAGUUUGUAUGCUCCGUUAAUAAAUGUUGACUGAUUUCCCAUUUUCUUUCUCGGCCCCUGGGCCCCUGCUCCCCGUCCCCGUCGAUUCUCAUUUUGGAUGCCAACACUUUAAAGUUGUAUGUGUAAGGGUUUGUCUUCACUUUUUGCAUGCUUGUGUUUUGAGUAGAUGUGCGCACUCUUACGACUGACUCCAUGGCUCUCACCCGGGCCCUUGAGGGCCGAGCAGGGCCCUGGUGAAGAGAUGAGAGGAAAAAAAGGAGAGAUGCUUAUUUUUAUAUACAAAAUAUGAAAUGAGUGUUUUUUUGUUUUGUUUGUGUUCUCCUGUUUUGUAAGGAAUAUUUAUGUACAGAUUGAUAAUUAAAGCUAGCAACCCUGUUUUCCAGGGUUCUUUGAAGUUUUCUAAAAAAUAGAAAAAGGAAUUGAAUGCUGAUGAAAAUUGCUAUUUAAAUUGGUUUUAAACUUACAAUACUAACAAGGCCUUACUGUGUUCUUUUCUAAAGAAUUCUUGCCAAGAAGCACAAAAGAGUGUGACCCUUGUAGAAAUUGGUCAAAUAGACACUAAACUGCAGAACCUGGUGGUUCUGUGAAGCAUCAUGUCUGACACAAAGACUCAACUGCAGUGUCAGUUUUAAAUUCAGCUCCAGUUUUAGCCACAUUGUGUAUACCAUGCGUCUUUUAAUUGUUCUACAGUGAUAGUGUAGGCAUCACUUUCUCAAAUGCACAAUCCAGAACACUAUGCUAAUCACACAAUCACAAGGGUCUGAGAUGGAGCCCCUGGGAGGGCAGUAUCCACAGCGAGACGAGCUCCGUCACCAACAGGAAGCAGUGGACUUCUGCACGCACUAAACUUUUAUUUAUGUCAACAAACAUGCUACUGCAUCUAGACCAGAGCGGAGGGAUGGGUGGACCCCCUGCUCCCUGCAGCCGCCAUCGGUCCCCCUUCCACUACACACACGUAGUGAAUGAUUUUACAUCUCUUUAUCAAUUUGUUGAUAUUACUGCACAAAUUGGGGUGCCUCUUAUUUGAAUAUCUGUAAUAUUGUACUGUACAACAGUUGUCUGUCAAUAGUUGCAGUAAUCUGGUUUUUAUCCCUCUUGUAAAGUUGAGACUUGAAAUGGUUAAUUUCCCGCGGCCUGAGGAUCUGAGGAGGGUGAGACUGGGUGGGCCCUCACUGAGCUCUCGUUCCUCACUUGCGGCUGUUUUGCUUUUUAUGAUGCGCUGUUCACUUUUCUCUUGUCUGUUUUGCCUUAGAGCUUUCUAUUUUGGAAUAAAUGAUGCCUAACUCUC